AUGUCAAAGCCGCCUGUCCUCCUCCAACCCGACCAAAUCAAACCACCUGGAUUCACCAGCAUUUACUCCCUGCAACCAGAUAAGCUCCGCAGAGAAGGCACCUAUAAGCCGAGCCUCCCACAAGACGCCAGCGUCCCUAAGCCGCACACUCACGUCUUCCACGACCAAUCGGUCUACGACGGACACUCGUUGGACGGUCUGUUCCAAGGACCCGGCACGCUCACUCUGUCUGAGCCUAAUCCCGCGUCUUACGCGGGAUCCUGGUCCUCCGGACUCCGCGAAGGUCAAGGCACCCUGAAGCUCUUACUCCACGACGGCCACUCCGCCCAGGUGUCCGGUACGUGGGACUGCGGCCAACUCGUCGCCGACUCCGCCGUCUACGAAAUCGAUCACUUCUCGCUCUCCUCCGCGAAAUUCUCCGAUUCAGGGCAGCUCAUCCACGGACGCCUCGUCUUCCCCAGCGGCAGCUGGUACGAGGGCGACUUUUUGGACGGCAUGAAACACGGACAAGGCACAUGGCACGGAUCAGAUGGAUCAUCGUACACGGGCGAAUACAAACAGGACCUCAGACACGGAUACGGCGUCUUUACUCGCCCGAACGAGCCAAAUUACGCAGGCAACUGGACCCAAGACGCUCUUACUGACUGUUCGUAA